AUGCACACCUGACUGAAAGCUCACGCGAGCAGUAAUGUUACGUUAUGUUUUAUAUAGGAGAUCACGAGCUGUGCCACCUAUAGGAAAAUAUUUCACACGAAACGCUUCGAUGCUAUCAGAGAUGCCUAUCUUAGUUCUCUACUGCACCGGUCACGGCAGCACUGCCGAUGUCGCGAAGCACAUAGCCUCUCAUAUCGCCGAGCAAAUGCCGCCGGCCGAGUGCCACGACAUGCACUCCUUCGACGUUUCCACACUGAACGACUACACCGCCAUUGUCAUCGGCUCUGCGGUCCACGGCGCACACUGGCUCCCCGACGCCACUACCUUCAUCACCGCCAACAAAGCUGCUCUAACCUCCAAGCCCCUCUUUGCAUUCUCCGUCGGCGCUCCGAAGGCGCUGCCUAAACCCAUCAGUCAUAGGUGGCAGAAGUGGGAAGACGACCACAUCUACAACAAUCUGCAGAAGUUGCUGGAUGGGAGGGUGGUGAUGCAUGUGGUCUUAGGGGGAAAGCUGGAUAAAGAGGAUGUUCAUUGCUGCUCUCGAUGGACUUGUGGAUUAAUCAAGGAGGGGGACUACAAAGACUGGGAGGAGAUUGAUAAAUGGGCUGAUAGCGUUGUGAUUGCGUUGAAGGGACAAGAAUCUCCUCGCAGAGAUUUUUUUACUUGCACUUGACGAGAGUAGUAGGAUGAUAAUGAUGAUGGUUGUGCGACUUUGACAGUAAUGCGAACCUUGCUCACUGCCCUUCUCCUCCUAAGCUUUGCGAUGCCACUGCGUAACAAAAAUUGUGUCUUACUUCAGCAUCAUUCGUGUUUUCCACUCAAGCUAGGAUAUCGCUCAGAGAGUUAAUGAGACG